AACUUAAAACAGUUAUUUCCCUUGCAUCAUAAAUAUUUUAAAAAGCUGCAGCUUUAAAUAAGAAAACAUGGCAUGGUUUGUCAAAAUCUUCUGGAUGUUUUGGAAUUACACGACCUUAAAAGUAAACAGAAAGGAGUGGGUUCUCUCCAUCAUAAAAAUCUCAUGGUUUUCAGGGAUGGAUGCGGGGAACAGUAAUCAAGCAGGUUGGCUAAGGAUUGUUUAUGUGGUGUUUGCUUUUUGUUCCGCUCUCUUUCUCGGCGCUCUUAAAGGUUUACUUGUUGGACCUAUUGCAGCUUUGAUACUGAUAAUAGGAAAUUUGGGGGUCAUCUUGGGAUUGUUACCAGCACAUAUUGCCUGGACUAUAUACACAGUUGUAAAGACUAAUAGAUUUGAUGCACCUCUUAAAGUAGCUCUAUUAAUUGCUUUGCCUGCUUUAUUUGGUAUAUGGUUGGGUUUAAGCAUAGCUGGAACUGUUAUUGUUAGUGUUUGUUAUGGUUUCUUCACUCCCUGGGUUUCAUCUUUUGAAGCCUUCAGACUUGACGACGAGUCCGACAGAUUCUUUCAUUGUGUCGUGGAUGGAACAUGGGACACUAUCAAAGGAAGUUGCACAGUGGUUAGAGAUUUUUCAGAUUUAUGUUUCCAUUCAUAUCCACUCUACUUGAAGGAACUACGUGAAUCCCCUGUCUCGAAUGAGGUCCGAACUCUGCGGUUGAUUCAUGUGCCAGGACUCAUUGUUGUUGGAUUGUUGGGACUAAUUGUGCAUAUUCCCAUUUACACUAUAAUCGCCAUAGUUAAAAGUCCAUACAUGUUAUUUAGGGGAUGGUUUCGACUGACGCAUGAUCUAAUUAGCAGAGAAGGUCCAUUCCUUGAAACAGCAUGCAUCCCCGUUGCUGGUUUGACAAUCCUCUUGUGGCCAAUCGUUGUGAUAGGGAGCAUAAUAAUGGCUAUUUUCUCCAGCAUCUUCAUCGGAUUGUAUGGAUCGGUCAUCGUAUACCAGGAAAGAUCAUUCAAGAGAGGGGUUGCAUAUGUGAUUGCAAUGAUAGCUGAAUUUGAUGAGUACACAAAUGAUUGGCUUUAUCUCAGAGAAGGAACAAUCUUUCCAAAGCCUUCAUAUCGCAAGAAAAAUGGGUCUGAAAUCGAGUAUUCAGUAGGAGGACUUGGUGGGAGAUUCAGUUCCACAACUGGUGAACCACCUGCAAUGCUUAUGCCAACCUUAGCUCGUUCAGUAUCAGUUAGAGAGGCAAUAAAGGAAGUGAAAAUGGUUCAGGUAUGGACGAAUGUGAUGAAAUCAUGUGAAAUAAGGGGCAAGGAACUAUUGGAAGCUAAAGUAAUAACUUCAUUAGAUCUCUGUGAAUGGUUGAAAGCAAAGGGUAGUAAUGAAGGAGCCAUUAUCGGUGUUGGCCUACCAUGUUAUAGUUUCUUGCAGACCCUCCUGGUUUCUAUCAGAUCCGGGUCUAAUGGUUUGUUAAUGCUUGAUAAUGUCGAAAUAAACAGUCUGAAUCGACCAAAAGACAAGCUGCUGGAUUGGUUCUUUAACCCAAUAAUGGUGCUGAAAGAACAAAUCAGGGUUAUAAAACUGGGAGAUGGUGAAGUUAAGCUGUUGGAGAAGUUGGUUCUUUUUGGGACCAACUUAGAACGUAUGGAUGCUUGGGACAAUGGCAGUAUAGUUCCUCAAGAUUCUCUCAGAGCUGCCCAAAUGGAAGGCAUAAGUAGAAGAAUGAUUGGAAUAGCGAGGAGCAUAUCGAAAUUGCCAACAUAUAGAAGAAAAUUUCGUCAAGUAGUGAAAGAGUUGAUUACACAUGCUUCAGACAAACAAGACAUCCCUAGAUGUGGUUCCAUAAAAUCAACCUCAAGCUAUGAACAAGUUUAAAACUAUAUAUAUAUAUAUAGCUUUACAAGUAAUGCAUAUGUAUAAUUUAAACUGAAUUUUCUUCAUUUGACAAUCUUAGUUAAGACAUUUCUCAUCAA